ACAAAGCAAAAGGCGGCCAUUUUGCUCAGGGCAUUUUACUCAUAUCGCAACGACAUGAAGAAAAGGGUAAAAUUACUAAUGCAAAAUCACUGAGUUUGAGAACUGCCAUCUAGUGGCCAGAGUCUGAAUUACAUGAUGUGACACUUGGACAAGGACUGAUUAUAGGAGCUACACUGCAAUUCACAUAAUUUAACUAUAAUAGAAUAAUGUUUUGUGGAUAAUUCAAUUUUUAGACAUUAUUCACAGUUUUCUUUAUAAAUAUUUAGAGAAAAAGGUCAGAUUUACUCAGUUUUAAUGACCAUCCUGAGGUCCAAUCAGAGGCACUCGCUCUCAAAACAAGCUACUGACUGAGCGGUAAUCUGGUUAAUCCAGAGGGGAGUUUCUACUCAUGUAGAACCAUUCUGCUACAAAAACUCUAUGCAUCUGUAAAAAGUUCAGCAUAAAUAUGCAAUUAGGAAAGUCAGCUAUUUUUUAUUAUUAAUGUAAUUAAAAAUAUCCCAGAGAAAAGAAAAAGGAAAAGCAGGAGAGAUUUUUUUAUUGUCCCACAAACAGCAAAACAAAAAAACAACCAACAAAGUUAUGGCCGAAAGGAGAAAGUAAGGGCAGGUUUAAAUGAAGUGAAGUUGAAAGUGAAAUAAUUGUCUUUGAAAUGUAGUGAAAGUGAAAAAGUCACUCAGAAAAUAAAUGCUCAAGUAAAGUGAAGAUACUCAAAAAUGUACAAUAAUCAAGUAAAUGCUCUCUGUUAUUGUCAACUGUCAAUUGAGACAACUGUUCUUCUAUCUGCAGUUAGAAGAACGAAUUCUCGAGGUUUUACCAAACGUCUGCACAGUCUGAGAAGUAAAUAGUUAAUUUAGAAAAUGACCCAAACCCUCUGCAUAUGUUGGUGUAUUUCCAGCUUUAUUUUGGUUUCAGACUUCUGCAACAAUGAAGCUGCUUUUAGCAGGAAUUGUUCUAAUUUUCAUGGCUGGAUCUGAAGCUGAUCGAUAUAAUUUUCCUGUUCAAGCUGCUCAAGGAGCUGGUGACAUGUGGAGAGCCUAUCAGGACCAAAAAACCAAAUGGAUUAACAGUGAUAAAUAUUUCCAUGCCAGAGGAAACUGUGACGCUGCGCAGAGAGGACCAGGAGGCUGCAGAGGUCAUCAGGUGAGAAAGAGUCUUCAAAGCUCAAACUCCAGAUCUAUAAUCUACGGUCAGGGUCCUGAAGACGAAGCUGCCGAUCAGGCGGCCAAUCGCUGGGGACGAAGCGGAGGAGAUCCAAACCGCUACAGGCCAAACGGACUUCCAGAGAAAUAUUGACAAAUUUAAAAACUGCUGUUAAAACAUUACAGUGUUGAAGUCUGGGUGACCUCAGUUACAAUGUGUGGCAAAUUAAAAAUUCUUUUUCUCUCUUCCUUUUUCAGCUUAAAAGGAUCCAUGUCGGCCUAAAUGUGUUGCAGUUUUCCUUUUACCUAAGAAAUUGCUGUUUGUGAUACCCCAAAACUCAUAAUUACUUCAAAAAUUUAAAUCUUUCGUUAUAAUUGUCACCCUGGAGGUCGCCAUUUUUAAAAAACUGAAUAAUCUACAGUAUUAUUACUGCACUGUUUUUACACCUAAGAUAAAUAUUUCCCAAAUAAGGUCUAUUUUUAUAACUAAUCGUGGUUCCCUAUAAAACGAGAUCCUAAUGUAUUCAAGGCAGUUUGAUAUUUUACUCUUGCUUUAAAUAAACUAUUACUUCACAACGGACAAAGAUUUGUGAUAUACUCCCU